CACAAUGAUGGCUCUUCGUCACGAGCCUUCACGGUCGAGCAGAAGGCCGCAGUAAUCCGCGUGCGCCGAUGCAAACCCACAGACUUCUACGAUAUCUUAGGCCUGGAAGCGAGUCGGACGACAUGCACAGAUGGCGAGAUCAAGAAGGCCUACCGCAAACUCUCACUCCUGACACAUCCGGACAAGAAUGGCUAUCCUGGCGCAGACGAGGCUUUCAAAAUGGUAUCGCGAGCAUUUCAGAUAUUGAGCGACGCAGAUAAGAAGUCCAAGUACGACAAGUUUGGCGGAGAUCCGGAGUCGAGGUUUGGCGGGGCAUCAGCAGCUUCUUCAGGCGCUUCACCGUUCAGUGGGUUUGCCCAGCAGAGGAGAGGAGGGCCAAUGUUCGAGGAAGAGAUAUCGCCCGAAGAACUAUUUAGGCAAUUCUUCGGAGGCGGAGGUAUGGGAGGACCAUUCGGAGGAGGAUUUGGAGGACCUGGAUUCGUCUUCAACAUGGGUGGAGGACCAGGCAUCAGAGUACAUCAAUUCGGUGGAGGACAACCUAGGAGGAGACCGCACAACCAAGAGAAUCAACGGCCCCAGAGCAUAUUCCAGGCACUUCAAGGACUACUACCUCUGCUACUACUUUUCGUUCUACCGCUGCUUUCGAGCUUGUUCUCCGGAUCUGGAACUCCAAGCGGUCCCACGAUGCGAUUCGAUGCCGCUGUACCGCCUCAUACCCACCAACACAUGUCCGCGAAGCUGAAUAUACCGUAUUGGGUGAAUCCGGCAGACGUGAAAGAGUAUACGCCGAAGAAAUGGAGGGAGUUGGAUACAGCGGCAGAGCGGAAGUAUGUUGGACAUCUGAGCGCCGAAUGCGAAUGGGAACAGAGUCAAAGACAGCGGUUAGCGAAUGAGGCCAUGGGUUUCUUCUUUACGGAUCAGACGAAGUUGGAACGGGCGAAGAAGAUGGAUAUGCCGAGUUGUAAGAAGCUG